AUGCAGUUUUACAAGUUAUUUCCUUAUCUUUUUUCUCUGGCUAAUGUGGAUAAUUCUUGGAUUACUGACAACAGGUUUUGGCACAGUUCAGUGUGGACUUGGAGGGUACAGUUUGCUGCCCAGACAAUGCAUCAGCCUGCGACUGCUGUUGUAGGAGAUCUACUUCAAAUUUUUCUAUCAACUCAGCCGGUUCUGGAACAGCCGGAUCAGUUCAUUUGGUGGAGACAUCCCAUCGAUUAUUCAAUGAAGGAUUGUUAUUGCUUGAUUCCUCCUUGUACAAACAUGUUUCUCAUCGAAGAAGAUGUUUUGGUGUAUUUAAGAUCCCUUUGGAAUUCAAAAAUUACAACUGUGUUGGAUGAUGCUGAGGAGAAACAAAUCACAAAUCCUGCUGUCAAACAAUGGCUGGAUGAACUCACACAUGCUGUUUUUGAUACUGUGGGUAUGGGAGGCAAAUCGCAAGACGGUUUGAAGGUUGGAGAGCUAAAAGCAUUUCCUCAUCUACAAGGAAAACUUUCCAUUUCAAAGCUACAGAAUGUUACUGAUCCCUUUGAAGCUUUUCAACCUAACUUGAAAAGAAAAGAGAAAGUCGACGAGCUAUCAUUAGAAUGGGAUUAUGGGAUUGUGAUCAUUGUUGGUGGUCAGUGGUCACUUCCACCACUUGGAAAAUUACUUAGUCUUUCUGGUAUGAAAUCAUUGAAGAUUGUUGGUGCUGAAUUCUAUGGAAGUAGUUCUAGUUCCUCUUCAUUUCAACCAUCUCCAUCCUUGCAGAUUUUGCACUUCGAGGAUAUAUGCCAGAGUGGGAGGAAUGGAACUUGA